GGCCGGUCCGGCCCGCCCAGCCCAGCCGGAGCAGGGUGGGUUCACCCGGAGUGAGCGAGCAGAAGACCCAUCCGUCCGCUUCUCCUCCGCCGGGCGGCGAUGUCCGCGUUCUGCCUCGACCUGCAGACGGUUUCAGCACCACUGGAGCUGGACAGCGACUGCAUGGAGCCCCGGGCCAGCCCCGCCGCCCAGGAGCCCGGCGGCGGCGGCGGCGGAGGCGGCGGCGGCUUCCAGGGUCACCCGCUGCGGCACGCCGGCUCCGGAGGCCUCGGCAUGGCCUUGGAGGAGGAACUGGCCAUGCUCGCCGGGGAGCGGGGCGCCGAGGAGGAGCUGCCCGACCUGGAGGCGCCCGCGGCGGGGCACAGCGCGGACUUACUGUCGCUCUUCCGUCAAAAGGAAAAAGACUUGGUUUUAGCUGCUAAACUCGGCAAAGCGUUGCUGGAGAGAAACCAAGACUUGACCAAGCAAUAUGAGAAAAUGCACAAAGAUCUCAACGAGAAACUAGAGCACUUGGAGCAGGAAAAGCACGAGCUUCGGCGGCGUAUGGAAAGUCGGGAGGGGGAGUGGGAGGGCCGCGUGGCCGAGCUGGAGACGGACGUCCAGCAGCUGCAGGGCGAGCUGGAGCGCCAGCAGGUCCAGCUCCGAGAGGCGGACCGCGACAGGACCAAGGCCGUCAGCGAGCUCUCCGAGCAGAACCACAGGCUGCUGGAGCAACUCAGUAGGGCUGCAGAGGUGGAGAGGCAGCUGUCCACUCAGGUCCAUUCAUUACGGGAUGACUUCAGGGAGAAGAGCAUGUCUACCAGCCAGCACAUGACCCGACUGGAGACUCUGCAGGCGGAGCAAGGGCUAGAAAUUAAGAUGCUGUCGGAGAGGAAGAUGGAGCUGGAGCGGCGGGUGCACACCAUGCUGGAGGAGAACGAGCUGCUGCAGAACACGGUGGACGACCUCCGCGAGAGGACGCUGGUGCUGGAGAAGCAGUGCCACGAGAAGGACAUCCAGCUGCGGCAGAGCCAGCUGGAGCUGCAGGAGGUGCAGCUGUCCCACCGGCAGCUGAGCGCCCGGCUGGAGGAGCUGACGGAGGAGCACAGCCUGCAGACCCUCACCCCCCACCCGUCCAGCCUGCUGUGUGAGAUCGAGCAGAGCAUGGAGCAGGAGGAGCAGGAGCAGGAGCGGGAGCAGCUGCGUCUUCAGCUGUGGGAGGCGUACUGCGAGGUGCGCUCGCUCUGCUCGCACCUGCGAGGGAACGACGUGACGGACUCGGCGCUGUCCACAGACUCUUCCAUGGACGAGUCCUCGGAGACGUCUUCAGCCAAGGAUGUGCCUACCGGGAGCCUCCACACCGGCCUGCUGGAGCUGCGGAGGCUCACGCAGAACCUGCUGGACGGCAACGAGUCCACGGGCUCGCGGCGCAGUGACGAGGAGGCUCUGGAGGAGCAGGUGAGGAAGCUGGGAGAGGAUCUGAGGGAGGUCAGAGAGCUGUACGAAUCCGAGCAGGACAAAACCCGCAGCCACCAAGACGAGCUGCUUCAGCUGCACAACCAGAUGGCGCUGCUCUCGGUGGAAAUGUGUUCGCUGCGGGAGGAGAACGAGAGAAUCAGGACGAUGUCCGAAGUGCGAGAACCCAGCGAGCAGCUCCAGAGCGCCAUCAGAGACAGAGACGACGCCAUCGCCAAGAAGAAAGCGGUGGAAAUGGAGCUGGCCAAAUGUAAAAUAGACAUCAUGUCCCUGAACAGCCAGCUGCUGGACGCCAUCCAGCAGAAGCUCAACCUGUCGCAGCAGCUGGAGGCUUGGCAGGACGACAUGCACAGAGUGAUCGACCAGCAGCUGAUGGACAAGCACCAGGACGAGUGGCGCUCGGCCACGACCUCCCUGUCGGGGUCGCGGGCCGGCGGCGGCGGCGCUCAGUCCUCCAGGAGAGCGCAGCGCAUCUCGGAGCGGGACAGGAGACUUUUCUCUUUCUUCAAAAAGAACUGAGCCGAGGCGAGGAGUCACAGCG